UAAGACAUCGGGUGUUUAAAAGCAUGUUGCGGUAAUAUCGAUACGAUAAAAUAGAAUAAUAAAAGUCCCCUGACCUAGGUUAGGGGCUCAUAAGAUCCCAAUAAGAAUCAUUUAACAAGACGAUCAAGACUCAAGAGUGGGGGCUGCCACACCGACUCCCAAUAGACAAAGCAUUCUCUUUUCCUACGGCUGAGAAUGCCAUCUACGUCACCACAAAGUCGUGACAUAUUUGACUCUUUAAAGCAAUAAUACCUACCUAGGUAUAUAUAGCGUUUAUCAAAGUUAGGUACCUGGGUCAUGUCUGUCUAUCAUACCUGGUCCCCAAUUCAUACCCCUGACCCGACCAUCUUCACGAUGGCAUCAAGCAUGCUACACAAAUUCCUCCACUUAACCAACUUCCGGAGCCCCUUCCUGCGCACCGUCGGUCCCAGCGUCGCAGCAGCCUUUGCGUUGCAGACAGCGGUAGCAAUCCCGUCAAUCGCCGCCCAAAGCGAGCGUUUCUACGACGUUUCCGGCUCCGCGACGUUCCUGACCGUCUCCCUGCUGAGCUUGUACCUUCCCAGCCUCCGUGCGCGCGCCGCCGCAUCGCUGGCCGGUGCCCCGAAGCCGCCGUUACCAAGCCUGUUAAGUCCGCUUACCACCGCGACCGCCGGCUUCCAUUGGCGCCAGGUAGCGCUGAGCGCCGCCGUGGUCUUUUGGUCGGUUAGAUUGGGCACGUACCUCUUCGGCCGCGUCCUCCACCAAGGCCACGACUCCCGCUUCGACACGCUCCGGGGGUCGCCGGGGAAGUUCGCUGGCGCCUGGUUCGGCCAGGCGACGUGGGUAUCGCUGUGUCUAGCGCCCGUGGUAGCCGUCAACGCGGUCGCGCCCGCGGCGCUCGCUGCGGUGCCGCUGCGGGUAACCGAUGUCUUGGGCUUGGCGCUGUUUGCCGGCGGGUUCGCGCUCGAGAUCGUUGCUGAUCGGCAGAAGGGUGAGUGGCUGCGCCGCCGCAAGGAGAAACUGCAUGAUGAGUUGUUCAUGACGAAGGGUCUGUGGAGUCGGAGCCAGUACCCAAAUUACUUGGGAGAAUGUACGCUGUGGACGGGUAUAGCUAUCACAGCUGCUGGUGUCUUGGUGGCACGUCCAGUUCAGGUUGGACUUGGGUUUUCAGGUGGUUUGAUGGGCAAGCUCCUGGUCUUGGCGGCAUCGUGUGUGAGCCCGGCGUUUGUAACCUCUUUGCUGUUGAAAGUGUCGGGCGUGCCGUUGAGUGAGAAGAAGUAUGAUGCCAAGUACGGCCAUCGUAAAGACUAUCAGGAGUGGAAGCGAAAUACGCCCAAGUUCUUCCCCAAGUUAUACUAAGGUGUUAUGACAAUAUAUAUGUAUUAUAUUUGU